AACGUAAGCUGGACUAAAUUGCCCUUGCCCGCGCGUCCCUUGGCCCACCGCCUGGACUCGUCUCGCCCGCGGCCGAUCUCUGCAUCUGCUCGCCGCGCCGCAACCCGGAGGCCGGAGGAGACUGCGCUCAGUCGUGCACCACCUGGGGCCCAGCAUCCUCGCGACCAUCUCCGGCACGGCGUCCGCCCUCUGCAGCCCCGGUGUCCCUGCGACCGUCGCUGCUGUCCUACUUCGCCACUGGCCACUUCGCCCGGCGACGAGUACCACCAGAGCACUAGGUUAGAAGGUAUACAUUCGUGUUCAUAUUGUAUUUGACUGAAAAGAUUGGGCCUACGCAUGGGGGCUCCAAAACAGAGGUGGACUUCUGAGGAAGAGGCUGCUCUUAGAGCUGGAGUAGCGAGACAUGGAGUUGGAAACUGGCGUAUGAUAUUGAAUGAUCCAGAACUUGGCUCCACACUGCGCUACCGCUCAAAUGUUGACCUAAAGGACAAAUGGCGCAACAUGAAUGUAAUUGUCACUUCAUCGAGUGCUCGUGACAGGGGGAGAACUUCCACGAGGAGAACCCGAGCUGCUCCUAAGAAUAGUGAUCAGUCGUUGCCAAUGAGCACAGUUACUUCUGAUGUUGAUGAUGAGAUUGUUGAUGUAAACCCUAUAGCAUCAGUAGUGCCUGUUGAAUCGUGGAAUACUUCAAAUUCAAAGAAAUCUCACUCAAGGCUAGAUAAUAUUAUAAUGGAGGCUAUAAAGAACUUGAAUGAGCCUACAGGGUCACACAGAACUACUAUUGCUAAUUACAUAGAGGAGCAAUAUUGGCCACCUAGUGAUUUUGAUCACUUAUUGUCUGCAAAACUGAAGGAUUUAGCUACCAGUGGGAAAUUGUUAAAGGUGAAUCGGAAGUACAGGAUAGCACCUAGUUCACCACGCUUAGAGGGCCGAAGCCCCAAAAUGAUGCUGCUGGAAGACGUGCAAGGAGAACCCUUGAAAUUAGGGAGUGAUGCUAGUAGAACCCUUACGAGAUCCCAAAUUGAUGCUGAAUUGGUUCGUAUGGCAACUAUGACCGCCGAGGCAGCUGCGGCUGCUGCUGCUCAUGCAGUUGCAGAGGCAGAGGCUAUCAUGGCAGAAGCUGAAGCAGCUGCUAGGGAAGCAGAGGCUGCAGAAGCAGAGGCCCGAGCUGCACAGGCCUUCGCUGAAGCAGCAGUUUUGACACUGAAGAACAGAAAUGCUGCGAAAUUGAUGGCCCAAGCUUGAUGGUACCCAGAACUGUCGCGGUCCAGCAUUGCUGCAGGGCAGGCCACCUAUGCAUGUAGGCAUGUAGCUCAUGUCAAACUGUUGUUCAGGUAAACACAGCUGUCCCUGUAGCCGUGUAAAGUUGUGUUAUUGGAUCCAUCUGGGUUCCAACACACCAACAGCGAUGCCAGGCAGCUUGGCUCUGUAUUCCCCCAUUGGGACACCAUUUUCAGAACUCGGUGCCGUGGGUAAACUCAACAUCAACAUGCCUGUUUUCACCGAUUC